GUUUCGUCUGAAUCAUAAUCGAUGCAGACAGUAGUUGGUGACCUAUAAUUUGGCGAUUUUAAUGAUGCCUCUUUUUAAGAAAGGGGGAGCAAAUAUUUCCGAUUCUCGCAAAACUGAUGGAGAUAAAAAACUGUCGAGUAAUCGCUCCGGAGGCGCUGGAACAGAAAAUACCUCACGAACAAGCACGCAUCCGUCUGUUCAAAUCCCGGAACCUCCACGUUCUUCCAAAUCGAAUGAUAUGGCUUCUAGAACACCCCAUCCUCCACCAACUGACUCAGGACCUUCGCCGCCGAUUCCUCCUCCCAAGUUUGUAUUCUACUGUCAAUUAGCCCAUGGAAGUGCCACGGGAAAAGUUGAAGGAUUUACAAACGUGAAGGAACUCUACCAAAAAAUCGCAGAGGUCUUUAAAAUGCAGUCAAAGGAGAUCUUGUUUUGUACACUAAAUACCUAUAGAAUUGACAUGGAAAGGUUACUUGGAGGUCAAAUUGGACUAGAUGACUUUAUUUUUGCUCAUGUUAAAGGACAACGCAAAACUGUAACAGUGUUAAAAACAAGCCCAGCCUUGGGUCUUACCAUAACAGAUAACGGAGCUGGUAGCGCAUUUAUCAAACGCAUCAAAGAAGGAAGCAUUGCUGAUGGAGUUGCUCAGAUUUGUGUUGGAGAUCAUAUUGAAGCUAUAAACAACAACGCUGUUGUGGGCACCAGGCACUAUGAUGUAGCACGUAUGUUAAGAGAGCUUCCAGUUGGAGAGGAAAUCUUUUUUCAGUUGGUUGAGCCUGUGAGGAGCUUUGAGGGUAUAGGUCCAAGAACAGGAAGUCGUGGAGGCAAUUCCACUUCAGCUGCUAAUGCAGUAGGAAGUGGGAAGACAACUCUGCGAUUAAGAUCCAAGGGUCCCCCUGUUGUGGAAACAGAAGAGGCACCUGCAUGGGAGCUGAAAGCUGCUCAGAGAAUAGAUGACCUGUUGGAAAGCUUUAUUGGUAUAAGGGACCCUGAUCUGGCUGAGACACUGGUAUUGAAGAGUAAAACAGUCUCCAAUCCAAGCGAUUUUGCUAUGGCUGUAGAUGAAGAAUUUGCUGACUUCCAGUUUCCAGACGAUUUUAUAUUUGACAUUUGGGGUGCAGUGUCAGAUGGUAGAAGUGGAAGUUUAUAAUUUUCCUCACAUUGAAGUGAACUUUGAAAUAUUUUAAUGUAGCAAUGUUCCUCCUUGGUGAGUAUCCAAAGUGUUUGGUAGACACAGGUUAAAGUUGUUUGAAUGAGCAUGAAAAUGAAAUGUGAAUAUACUUUUUUUUGUUUUUUUGUUUGGCCUUCUUGAAACUCCCGAAUUUUUCACAAGUAAAGUUUGGUGAGGCUGCCUGGGCUGUUAACUGGCUGUAGUAAUCUGGGAAGGUUCUUCAUUAGCUAAUUAUAGGACUUCAAAGCAAGAGACAACCAGGAAUUUUGAGAACGUCUCUGGAGUUUGAUAUGAGAACUUCUGAUCAUGGUUAAGAAGUUGCACACGUUUCAUUUUUUUUUCUUUAGUCAACCGAACGUUCUCAUGCCAGUUCAUUUCACCCGACAAGCAGCUUUUUUAACCAUGAUUAUAAGUAUAUGCCCGUUGAAUAGAUUAAUUAAAUAAAUGUAUGAUAUAAAUACCUUAUAGUUACUGGUGGCUUUUUUUUUUUAUUCUCGCACAACUUUUAUAAAACUGUGAGAAACAACAGUACUGCGAUCAAUUUAGUAAUUCAGUUAGUCAGUCCAAAGUGAUCCAAAGCCUCAAUAUGACCCGUGGCACACCUAUAUAUAGCGAAACCAAAAUUUACAAAAUGUUAAAAAUGUCGCAGUUUUAUUGGAUUGUAGGUUGUAGAUAUUACUCCACCAUAAAAACAAUCAUACUGUGGAGCAUUUGGCCUUCAGGCACACUUUAUUUAAAAGAUAAGAGCUCUGCCAGUUGAGGUUGGCCCAAGUCAAAUUUUUGUCUCAGUGCAGUGAAUAGGAGAAUUCAGUUAGGUGAACCAGUGAAGAUGUGACAGCUAACUUCUCAAUGCAUCAAGCUUUUUCAUAUAUCAAGUAAAUAGGUACCAAUUUCGUACGUAUGUUAAACGCUUUUUCGAUUUUCUUUGCCUGAAUGUGGUUAAUCAGUUGACGCAUUGAACGUAUAAGGUGUUAUUUAUUGUACGGUCUACCGUUGAACUUCCAAAUAUACAUAAAUAUAUUGUGUAUUUAUUUCAGGCGUGUGUAUAGUUUGAGAGAUCGUCAGUCAGUUUUUCGUACACUUACCGGUAUAUGGAUGUAAACUGAAACUGUAGCUGUAUAAUUGCAUUUUAAGUAAAACUCAGUAGGUUAUGCUGUGUAAAGUAGAUUAUUUGAAAUCAGUAAUGGGUAUUGCGUGGUCUGAUUGUCUCGAUGAGAGUGGUGCAGCUGAAGCGACAGCCUCAAGUGGUGUCAGGUCAACUCGCCACUAUUGAAAUUCAAAUCGCCACCGGUGGCGAUAUAACUCGGACGUUUUGUGUUGCCUGGGUUUACGGUCAAUUCACCUCCACUGAGAGUCAAUGGCCAUUUGGCGAUUUAACUCUUAGGUGGCGAGUGUGUGUCGGCGAAUUGACCGAUAUAGUAGCCUUUCGUAGGAAACUUACAUCAAAUAAAAGCUAAGGUGUGGUAAAAUCGAGGACUCAAAAAGGGAACGUUAACCGUUAAAUGAAAUAAAAUAUGAUUUCACGAAGAUUAUGAUCAGUUAACGUACAGCGAAACACAGUGAUUUUCGUCGGGUGAUUUUCUAACGGUUAUGAAAUCUUGUAAAACUUACAUCAAUCGAAGGCUAAGAUGUAGUAGUAUAAUGCGACAUCAAGAGUGCGUACAAAUACAGCGGAGUUAACAGAAAUGGACUUGGCCUCCUUUCAUUGUUUUGAGAACAAAGAAUAAUCAACGUGACAACAAGAGUUUCGUUCUUAUGAAUGCAGUUCGUGAUCAAAUCUAAUGAAACUGAUAUUAAAUGAAACUUUGGAUUUUGAA